AUGUCUCAUCCUCUAUCAAAAUCAGCUUCAUCUCCAUUAACCAUCGACGAUCCUUUGAAAAACCUUGGCAUAGUUCAAAACCAAGAUGGAAGUAUCACAAGGAUCAUUCAAUAUCCAACAACUCCACCAACACAAGACCUAAUAAACCCUAUUCUGACCAAAGAUCUCCCUCUAAAUCCUAAAAACAAAACUUGGGUACGCAUAUUCCUACCCAAAAAGGCACUUCAAAAUCAAAAUAACUCAACAAAGCUCCCUCUUAUAGUUUACUACCAUGGUGGUGGUUUCAUAUACACAAGUGCUUCUUCCACCAUCAACCAUGACUUCUGCUCUAACAUGUCACUCCAACUCUCCGCCGUCAUCGCCUCCGUUGACUACCGUCUUGCCCCGGAAUACCGGCUGCCUGCGGCCUACGACGACUCCGUGGAGGCCUUGCAUUGGCUAAGAACCACCGAUGAAACAUGGAUCAGAGGGCUUAUAUUGCACCAUCCGUUUUUCGGUGGGUCCCAGAGGACUGAGUCUGAGUUGAGGUCGGUCAACGAUCCAGUUCUGCCUAUUGGGAACUGCGAUCUUAUGUGGGAGCUGGCGUUGCCUGAGGGUGCAGGGAGGGACCAUUGGUAUUGCAAUCCAACGGUGGUGGAUGAUGAUGUGUGUUUUGAAGAGAUCAAACGGCUGAGAUGGAAGGUCUUUGUUUUGGGAUGUUAUGGGGACCCUAUGAUUGAUCGCAUGGUGGGGUUGGUGGCCAUGUUGAGAAGAAAAGGUGUUGAGGUUGUCGAUCACUUUGGAGAAGGCCAUCAUGGGGUUGCAUAUGGUGAUCCAAGCAACGAGAAAUUCUCCCUUCGAAUAAAAGAUUUCAUAGAUAUAUAAAUAUAGAAUUUAAUUUUUAUUUAUGGUGAAUGUAAAAUAAAUUUACACAUUUUACAAUUAUGUAAUUUUAUGUAAAAAAUAACUAAUCUGCUGAGUUUGAAAAA